CCCUUGACUCCAAACACGUCGACCCCUGGAUCUUCCCAUCAACAUGUUGAAACGCUCUCGGAAUGCUUCAUAGAUAGGUUGUUGCAAGACCACUCAGCUGAAGCAAUUCUUUACGAUGAGUUUUCUGUGCUUAAGCUGCUAAAAUCUGACAACCACUCAGCUCCAAGCUCGGGGCUAGCGUACUUCUCUGAUCAAAAAGUGGACCAACUCGUGCAAAGAAUUGGCGAUUCUCGGAUCCGAGAUCUAGUCAAUGGCAUAGAUGCUGCCUUACAAUCCAGCAUACUCACCCGCACCGACGAGGUGCUCUCGCGACUCGGCUCUGAGCGCAGGUGCCCCCCAGUCUGCAUUCCGGCAGGUGAAUCAAGACUUUACAUUCGUCAAUACUUCGACACCCUGCAUCCAGUCUACCCAUUUCUGAAUCGAGACGACUUUGAAAAAAAGGCAUUCAGUCCCGAUCUGGACAAAAUUUUGGAGGAUGACCUACAGUACUCGGCCUUGUAUCAUGCUGUUUUAGCUCUGGGAUGCCAGCACUUUGGCCAAGGCUCGUUCGAUCCGGGAGAGGGUCGAGCUUGGGAACUCUUCCGAGUAUGUCUCAGUCAUACGGCCGAUAUACUCAACUUUGGAGAUUCCCUGCUUGGCCUUCAAGCACUCACUGCCAUGUCGGUAUUCUCUAUGAAUGCAUGCUACCUUCAGGUUGAACACUCGAUCCUCGCUGAGGCGACACGCAUGGCCUUGGCCCUUCGAUACCACAAAUCAGCUUUAGAAGGAGGCCAGGCGGUAUGUCGGAGGACCUUUUGGGUGAUAUAUCACCUCGAAAAGCAGUACAGCUUUCAAGCCAGACGAAGCUCCGGAAUUGCUGAUUACGAUGUUGGGUGCCCAAUUCCCAACGUUCCAGAGGCGACGUUCGGGGAGUACAACUGGUUUCUGUCGUCGAUACGAUUUGGCAAGGUUCUCUCCGUGGCAUACGAGCAAGUCUUUUCCGUCACGGCGUCGACUCGUGAGACGCCAACCCUGUUGUCCGCCAUCUCUCGGGUCCGUGAUAUGCUCGACAGCUGGAGACGAUCUAUUCCAGUCGACUUUCGGCCGAAGGAGCAGCUGAACAAGCAGCGGCUCACAGAUCCACGCACCAAGCAAAUUGCACUUUCGACGCAACUUUAUUACUUUCAUGUGGUGAUUGCUCUGGAACGGAUGUCUCUUCAACUGGACGAGGAAGGCGGCCAGAGACAACAAGAAAGCCGAAAAGAUUUAUUGCAAGCCGCUAGGACUGUCAUUGAACUCACUCGCUACAUCGACGUCGAGCCGUAUACACCAGUAUUCACUCUGGCCAUCAUGCCAUUGUCGGCACUGUUCAUCUUGUUUGACUUUAUCAUAUACAAUCCACUAUAUCCCGAUGUCCGCUCAAAUCUCACCCUCUUGGACAUUGCUGUGGGUCAUUUCAGUCUUCUUGAUCACGCUUCCGAAGGAUCACUACCAGGAAGUCAUCUGAGCGAGUUUUCGCACAUUGCACGGCGAUAUGUGCACGAGCUUCCAGAUCGUGCCGCCGAUGAGACCAACGAACCCGUGCCCGCUGCUGUGGGAAGGCAAGACAGUUCGCAUGAAACAUCCGAUACUGCCAGGCAGACAGCUGUCCAACCGGAGCCAGAAAGUUUCAACGAAGCCAAUAUGGACGAUGAUACGAAUAUGUAUGGAAGCCCUGAGUUAUUGAACUACCCAACGCCAGAUGUGUGUUUUUGGACGACAAAUAUGCAGUCGAUGAGCGAAGUGGACUUUAGGCUACUCUUUGCCACACCUCCGUUAAACCCUAGCCAGUUCCAGGAAUAA